GUAUUUGCUAGUUGAAAGAACAUAUCAAAUACCGAAGCACAAUUUUUAGUUUUGGUCCUUUUGGAUGUAAUGUUAAAUAAUGGGCCCGCGGCACCUGGUUUGGAGCGAAGGAAGGCAGCUUUCCUAAAACCCGCCUUCUGCACUUCGCCCUUCGGUUCUUCUUGACGAAGUCCUUUUGCCACAGGCGAGGAAAGCUGUUGCCUUCGAAUAGAAAGCUUCGCGACAGUGGGGGAGAAACAAGUAAACAGCAAUGAGCUCACUAGCUUCGAGAUUCUCUAGCUUGUUACGGGUCUGUCGUACCAGCUCCCUCGUUUCUUCUUCAGGGGAUUGUGCUCAGAAAAGCUUGAGGGCGUGGUGCUCCACCCUAUCGUUUGAUGAUGUAAAUGAUAACAAUGAGGGGAAGGCUGAGGAAGUGGAAGCCGACUUUGAUGACUUCAUUGGUGAAAAGCUUCCUGAUAUGCAACUCCAAGGUGUGGACCCUGGUAAAGGCUGGGCAUUCCGUGGUGUACAUAAGGCAAUAAUCUGUGGGAAAGUGGGGCAAACUCCUCUGCAGAAGAUCUUGAGAAAUGGUCAGACUGUAACAAUCUUCACCGUUGGAACUGGUGGGAUGUUUGACCAGAGACUGUUAGGUGCCAAAGACCUUCCAAAACCGGUGCAAUGGCAUCGAAUCGCUGUGCACAAUAAUGUUCUCGAGGCUUAUGCAGUUCAACAACUCGCCAAAAACUCUAGCGUUUUUGUCGAGGGAGACAUUGAAACUAGAAUUUACAAUGACAGCAUCAGUGGAGAAAUAAAAAACAUACCAGAAAUAUGUGUUCGUCGUGAUGGUAGAAUUCGUCUCAUAAAAGGAGGAGAAAGCAAGAGGAACUUCGAUCUUUCCUUUGCGGAUCUUCGAGAAGGAUUGUUUAGCUGAUUGUUCCACUUUCUUAUUCCGGGUGAUAGUCAAACUAACACAAGGAACAAUGAUAGAUCUAGCUAACUUUGCUGUAAGACUUAGAGAAAAAUUUGGAAUAACUGUUUGUGAGGAUUUUUCAUCAUCAUCAUCAAUUAAUCUCCCUCCCUCCCUCUGUGCUUAGUUAGCGAAGGGCUUCAGACCUAGACCUUUGUGAAAGAAUUCCAUGUCUAUAAUUAUCUCUCACAGCUUGAGUAGUAAAACCAUAUUUGCUGAUGGUGACGGAAUUUGGUACUUGUGCAGUGAUUCACUAAGAUGGCAAUAUCAUCUACACCAACUGUGAUCCUGAUAAUGGUGUAGCUGUAAUUCUACCUUCACUCAGUGUUCUACAGUAUGCAAGACCUAAUCUCCAGUAACUUUAAAGUCGGCACAGGUUCUGGUUUUCCAUUUGACAUGCAAUAAUCUUCUAACCUGAUU